UUCUGUCCGUUUUUUCAACCCGUGAUCACGUGUUGACUUUUGCGUCAGUCCGGCGUCUGCCGGUUUCCCGAAUGUCCGGCCGGGAGAAGCGAGACGAUCAGAAAGAUCAGCAUGAUCAGCGUGAUCGGCAGGAAGAGCUGAACCCCUUUUCGGUCAGAUUUGACCCACUGGCCGCUCUCUACAGCAGGAACGUGACGAUUCCGGUCGUCAACGCGCCCACCCUCGACAACAUCUCCAAGUUCGUCGCUGGCACGUCGGGUGUACAGAUCAAACCAACGAAGACGGCGCAGGUCAAAGCAGAACCACUACCAGUUACAGUUACACCACAACAAAAAUCAAUAGACGGUUGGGACAAUGUAGUAACACGGAUGAAAAAGGUGGAGGGCCCGCUCGCCGUCCUGCGAGACUGCAUGGAAAAGAAAGUCAAAAUUAAGGUUUACACGAGAGACAUGUGCGGGAUAAGAGGCCAUUUGACAGGUUUCGUCGUCGCAUUUGACAAGAUGUGGAAUCUCGCCAUGGAAGACGUGACGGAGGUGUGGAGGCGUCGGAGGAAGAAAAAGAUUCCGGCGACAGUUGGAGCGAGCCAGGACAUACCGAAGGGCCAGUUAUACAGGAUGCAGCCGCCGACCCUGGCUGUAACCAAGAUCGACAAGAAGACUGAGCAGUGCGAAAGACGCGUCUUCAAGCUCUUCGUGCGCGGAGAGAACGUCGUUCUCGUUAGUGUGCUGAACAUCUAGCCGAGCCGAAAUCGUUCGUAAUUUAUAAAAGAUGACUGAUUAUUUUUAAAACGUUUUUCGGGACCCGGAAACCCGAGUUCAACAACACGAAAUUGGCAAAGCUCUUCAAAGAAAUAAAGUCGCGGGAGGGCGUUAAACCGAAUAUAUUCCCUCCUCCUACUUCUUUGGUCCUAAGCCAAAACGUUGGAGAACAAAAGGUGGCUCUCAUUAAGUAUAUAAAGAAAAGUAGAACAAACUUUGUCUAAUUAUCUCAUUACAGCGCAGACAUAAAUACUUCCAUGUACAAAUAGACAAAUGUCACGAAAUGCAUAGUUGACCAUUGGAUAUUUACCAAGAUUUCUAAUUUUCUAAAAUGAGAAUUUGUACUAGGUCGUGUAGCGUUUCGACGAGGCUUACCGCAGCGAUAAACUGCCGUCUUGCCUUAAUUAAAAAAAUGAAAAGCGAUCUGCGCAACAUUGAGAUGAGAUUAUUACCGAACAUGCCUUAACUAAGUCUGAAUAAUAAUAAUUAUUAUAUAUUAAUAAUAUAUUAUAUUUAAUUAUUAUUAAUUAAUGGGGUAUGCAGUGAUGUUCUGUGUACUCCCAGGUCACGUUUGAUCUCACGA